UGAUAGGUACCUAAGUUAUACAUACCUUAGGUUAGGUACCUCUAGGUAGUGACCUGGUUUCUGGUAACGACUUGUUACCACACUAGCCACUUCAGCCACCACAUCAAAUUGGAUUGAGGGGCGAAAUGUUCAAAUGUUGUCAUCAAUUAGGACCAGUUUUUAUCCCAUCCAUCUAUCGAUCCAUCCUACGCCAAAAUUGAUCUAAAUGCUCGUUUAACUUGUCUCAACUACAGUCAACCCUGCAACUGGAACUCUACUAGCUUACUACCUAACUUUACUACAGAUAUCUACCUCUUUUCAAUAAAUACAUAACUCCCCUAUUUUAACAGGACAUAGCUAGAUAGUAAUCCUCAGCAAAGAACAUGAAUGAAGGCGAAUCCAAAAAUGGCACCAGCUAUCUGGCUCGCCUCGAGCAAUUUCUCCAAUUUGAUAAAGAAAGAGAGGAUAUGAUUAAAGAGUUAAUAGCUAAAAAUGAGGAUCUCGAGAAGCGGCUCGAGGAUAAAUGUAAAGAAUACGAUAAUGAGGUUCAAACGCGCACUAUAUACCAGACUCGAGCCAAUGACGCUACCAUAAAGCUCACUGAUAUUAGACAUAAAAUGGAUGUUACUUCUUUUGCUAUUGCUAUUAUCGACGGCGACGGCGCCGUUUUUCGUGACGACUGGAUUAGGAAAGGCGAAGACGGCGGCGCCAUGGCCGCUCACCAGUUACGCGACGACAUCAAGAACCAUCUUAAAGAAUCUUACCCGGACGUUAACACCGAGACCUGGCAUAUAAUGGUUCAGGUCGUUCUUAAUCUCGAGGGCCUUUCCAGAAAGCUUUUCUGCGUCGACCUCGCCAAGAGCAUGAGCGACCUAUCCACUUUCGCUCGCGGCUUCAGUCGUGCUCAGGGGCUUUUUUCUUUUAUCGACGUUGGCAAGGGCAAGGAGCAGGCCGACUUUAAAGUUCGCGAAACUCUGCGGUUGAUGGUGCAUAACCUUCAGUGCAAGCAUAUUAUCUUCGGGCCUUGUCAUGAUAAAGGCUAUAUCGUGGAACUUAGGCCUUAUCAGCUUGACACCUCGAUCUGCAACAAGAUCAGUCUGCUUGAAACUACCCAGCCCCCGCGCGAGUUCAGCGAGUUGGUGUUUCGCAGGGUCAAGUUUAACCAUGUCUUCCGUUCUGAACUCCUUCCCGAGGGCUGGCUUCCGCCAACUCCCCCGAUGUCAACAGGCAAGCCGGCCCCGGUCACCCUGGCAUCACCAGCUAAGCCGAUCAACUACACCGGCAUCGUGUCUUCGUGGACCACCACGCUGCCGUUCGUCAACAGUUUCAUGAAAUCCCCGACUUCGUCGAUGAAAUCCCUAAAGGCGUCUCACCGCAGGUUCUACUACGUCAACGCCUCGGGCCAGCGCGUCGACGAGCCGUUACCGCCGGUCGACGCCUACUCCGAGCAGCGCUUCAAAGAGCGCUGCGAGGAAGAAGGGAACAGGAAGCCCUGCAACAAGUACCACCUACACGGUCUCUGCGAGGAAAACUCGUGCAUGUAUUACCACGGGGAGCCGCUCGGCCUGGGCGAGCAGCUUAUCUUACGCAUCAAGGCUAGAGGCUCCUUGUGCAAUUAUAAGAGCUCCUGUAAGAACGCCGACUGCUACUGGGGCCACCAUUGUAAGUACCAGAAGUGUCCGUGGCUUAAUUGCGCCUUUGCUAGCACGCACGGGAUAGACAUGGUUCCAGCAGAGAAAAUUUACGAAGAUGGCUCACGAGAGCUUUUGUCUUCCCAGAACACAUGAAGAACCGAUAUAUACAUAGGGGCUCACGCAGAAAUUUAGCCUUCGUCGCUAUUGGAUUUACUUGCACGUAUCUAAAAUCAAUCGGUGUAUUAAGAAAUAGUAAUAGUAGUAUUAGUGAAUGUUCUUUAUUUUAUUUUUGCCUACCUGUUAUUAGGACAGAGUAACUAUAGAGAAGUUAUGAUAUUGUAGAAUUCUCAGAGAAUGGUCCUUGCCGGGCCUAAGCUGCAAACCCUAUAAUAUAGGUGUACCUGCUUGGGUCCGCUUGGAACUUUUCUUCGAAAUCGUCUUCGGACUCGUCUUUUGGUUCCUCUUUGGGUUCGUCUUUGGAUUCAUCCUUCGGCGUAUCCUUUGAUUUGCCCCUCGACUUGU